AUGUUAACCUUUAGCGUUGAUCGUCAAUUGAUUACUACAACGCUGAAACCAAAUCGUGAAAAAGAUGAAAUAGCUGCAGCAGAAGCAACUCUAGUUUAUCACGGUGUUAGACAUGGAAUUUCAUAUUUAGCUCAACAAUGCACGACCACUGUUAUAAAAAAUUUGUUUUCCUCAUCAUCAAUUGCUAGUUCUUUAUCAUGUGGACGUACUAAAGCAGCAGCAAUUGCAACAGAUGUUUUAGCACCUUACUUUACACAUCAUGUUAUACAAGAAAUGAAACUUGCUUUUUACUAUUCUCUUUCAUUCGAUGCCAGUAAUAAAGGCAAUUUAAAAACUUAUCCGUUUUGUGUUCAAUAUUUUUCAGAUGUAGGUGUUAAAAAAGGUAGCAAUUCGAAACUUUAA